GUCCUCAAGAGACAGAGAGUCUUUACCACAGAAAAUAUGAAGCAUCUUCCAUCAUACACACUUCUCCUGCUCAGUGUACUGUACAACUUAUGUUCAGGCUCUGAUUGCCGAAGUAAAAACCUGUUUGUACGUAUUGGAGAAAAUGCCACCAUCAAGUGCAGAUCAAAUGCAGAUCAGGACGGAGUUUACUUAUACUUACAGAAAAAAGAGACGAACACGGUAACAGUGCUGUACUAUUUCAAAGAUGGAACCCUGACGCUUGAGGAUCCCUUCAAGGGCCGAGUGGAAACAAACAAGCUUUUUGGAGAUUUCUCAGUGUUCCUCAGUAACGUGCGCGCGACGGACCAAGGAGUUUACUGGUGCAAAUUUAACAAAUUUGAUGUGAACAGCGACAGUGAAAAGACGAGUCUGUUCAUUCAGCCACAAACUGAAGAGAUUCGUGUAACCGGAAAUAUUCCUGUAACCGAAAAUAUUCCUGUAAACGAAGAGAGAUGUUUGUUUACUGUCUCCUGGGGUGUGAUUUUUGGACAGUCGGUACUCAUCUUAAUCCUGGUGGUUUUUUUGGUGAAGUUGUGGCAUGAUCGUGGAAAUUACACUCCAAAGCAGCAGCCCUCUAACGGGGUGUAUGAGGUCAUGCAUGGCCACACCAAAAAGGCACUUCAAAACCCGGCGUACGAGUCCAGUCAGAGACGCACACGUCCUGAUUUAAUCUGAGUUUUGUGAUCCAAAUCCACAACAUCACGCCAACAUCAUGCCAACAUCACGCCAACAUCACGCCAUCACACCGGGCUUUCGUAUUUGCAUGCAGGAGAGGUUGAGGGUAAUUACACUGUAAUUUAAGUCUUUCACAGCAGUUUAUCUACAUAUUUGAUUUAAAUGAUCAGUUCCGGAUGGUUCGGUUGGGUUUCCCAUUUCACUCUUUAUAAUGUAUACAUGAAUACAUACAGUGUUGUGAAAAGGUUUUAGGCACGUGUGAAGAAAUGCUGUAAAGUUAGAAUGCUUCAGAAAAAUAAAAGUAUAUUUUUAUUUAUAUAGAUUGAAGUUUGGUUUUCAGGUCUUAUACUUGCACAAAGUCAGGGAUUUUGUAGGAUCAGAAGCAGGUGUGUGAUCAACCAUUUUCACCAAGCAUGUGCUUUAAAAUCAUCAAUUUUAUCUGUAAUUAAAAACCCAGUCAUAAAGUGAAACAGAAACAGCUUUGUAGGAGCGUCAAUCUCUGGUACUAAGGUGAGAUUGUGGAAGACAGUUUCAUCUCACACGUCCUUCACCAUGGCAAGACUGAGCACAGCAACAAGACAAACAGAAGUUCUACUGCAUCAAGAUGAACUCUUUCAAAUAUUUUGAAGAACAAAGAAACGGGAGAUGUUAAGCAAUGUGCAUGCUGUGAUCAACCAAGGAAACUUGAAGUAGUACAUACUCUUUAUUCCCUUCAACAUCAGAAGAUUUUCAGCAUUGCCAUUAACAAAGAACUGAAGAAAACCAGUGGGGCUCUGGACUGAUGAGUCAAAAUAUUUCAGAACGAUUUGCUUUUACAGGUGCAGGAUGUUUCUGUAAUGUUGGAGAGCACCACAAUAAUGAGUGUCUGCAGGCAACAGUGAAGCAUGGUGGAGGUUUCCUGAAUGUUUGGAUAGGGAAAUGUGGCCAGGAUUAAUGAUGUCUUCAAUGCUGAGAAAUCCAUGCAGAUAAUUGUCCAUCAUGCAGUACCAUCAGGAAGGCGUCUGAUUGGCCCUGAAUUUAUCUGCAGCAGGACGGUGACCCCAAACAAGAACAAGGAGUCCUGGAAGUAAUGGUUUGUCUCCCACAGAGUCCUGAUCUCAGCAUCAUCGAGUGUGUUUAGGAUUACAUCAAGAGACAGAAGAAUGUGAAGAGCCUAGUUUAUUUAAUAUUGAUUUAAUUUAGAUUUAUCUUUUGUUUAUUUACUUUUCAUUUUGUUAAUUGACAUUUUUAAAACAUUUAAUAAAACAUUUUUUUGAAAGCAUUCUUACUUUUAAAAAUCAAAAGUCGCGUUUUUCAAAUCUGCAUAAGAUUUUCAGUACUGUACCAAAGAGCAAUUUACAAAUCGGCCAUUUCUCAACUUAUCUGAAGUACAUGUUGAUGUUCUGGUCUCAUAUUCACAUUUACGCAGUCUUUAAAAUAUGUUUUUUAUCCAUUAUUUUGUCCUUACUGUUUUCCUCUAGACACAUCUGAGGUAUAUGUUUAGAUGUUCAUUGUGUUGUUAAAAUUGCUAAUUGCUAAAAGCAAACUUGUGUUUGUUGAAGCUGUUUGCUAGCUCGAUACGUUGAUGUUUUUUUUCAAUAUGGAAAACUUUCUUGGUGUAAAUUUACAGCUGGAUUAUCAGCCACCUGCUUAAUAUUUACACAGAAAUACUACUGUAAUUAAUAAUGCAGUGAUAUUAACUAAUAAAUACUAUAAUAUCACAUCAUAUUCCAGUAAUGUCUGCAGCAAUACACUGUAUAUUACAGGGUAACUCUGUUAUUACUGAUUUUUACAUCUGACUGAAUUACUUAUAUUUAUCACAUGUACAAUGUCUUAUACACUGAGCUACAACCUUUUAAUUUGUGGUUAAGUAAAAGAAAAUAUGAAUUCUUUGCAUUUAAAAUAGAAAUCGAUUUUUUUUUAUAUUCAUAAAAUGUUUUUAUUAAUUUUUAUAAAUGAUUAAUUCUGGCACCAAUGUCACCUUCUAGAAGUUUCUAUGUCAGCUCGCUUAUCUGCUUUAAUAAAGGGAACAGAGGGUUUUUGUGUCUGUAACAUACUUUUUCAUAAUGAACUGAUAUUUUGCAUUAAAUUGUUACAGUGAAUGAAAUCAAUAAACAUAUUUGAGGUAAA